UAAAAAUCUCUCUCAAUUUUGUAGUCGCGGAUUAUCUUGAUUAUUGUGUUAUUUUAUUAAAUAUCUGCCUACUAAAAAUAAGUUUUUCGUUUUUGGUAUAAGGCUUUUACAGUUUUUCCCAACCUAAUACUAAGAACGCCCUGCAAAUUUGGCUAAAAUUAGUGAAGAAAUGGAUCCAAUCAUAGACUGGCAAAUUUCACGGCAUGAUAUCAAGUCCCGUGGUCAGUACCUUCUUGAAACUGGAAAAUGGGCUGAUUGCCAUUUCCUGGUUGGACAAGAACCGAACCAUCAGAUGCUAGCUGGACAUAAACUAAUUCUUGCAAUGGCGUCGCCAGUUUUUGAAGCAAUGUUUUACGGUGGAUUAGCGGAAAAAAAUGAUCCAAUUCCAAUUUUGGAUUUAGACCCUUCGGCAUUCAAAUCGUUGCUGGAAUAUAUUUACACAGAUAAAAUUAGUAUCAAUUCCGUAGAUAAAGCGUGCGAAUUGUGCUAUGGAGCUAAAAAAUACAUGUUACCGCAUGUGGUUGAGCAGUGUAUCACCUUUUUGUGGUCGGAUCUAUGUCCUAAAAAUGUCUGCCGUGCUUAUGAGUUUGCUAAACUAUUUGAAGAGCCGCGUCUGAUGGAGAAGUGUUUGCAAAUAAUGUGCACCAAAACGCUUGAUGUUAUUCAAGAUUCGAACUUUGAGGACGUUGAAUUAAGCACUAUAAUAACUAUUCUGGAUCAAGCUGUACUUAAUAUUGAUUCGGAACUAAAUUUGUUCUGGGCCAUUAACAAAUAUGCGGAAAAACAUGGACUAUGCGCAAGCCGUAGCUCUGAGACAAACCAGUCAAGUAUCGAUCACGACUCUAAUAGUUCACCGCAAUCCCCGAUUGAUGUUGAUGUAGAAGCAGGUUCUUCAAACAGUCUUCAACAACGCAACAAUCCUCCUGGAUUAGGAAACAAUGAACAGUCAAAUUCGGUUAUGGCUCCUGUUGCAAAUGCAGCACGCCAACCAGAAUUGCCUACAAUUCGCGAUGCCAUCCGCCGUGUUCGUUUUCUUUCGUUAACUCCUCAACAAUUUGCGGAUGGGCCAGCGAGAACGAAUUUAUUGACGCAAUCAGAAGCGUUUGCCAUUUUAAUGAAUAUCUCGACGGCUAACAGUUGUUAUCCAAUGCCAGAAGGAUUUACAACGAACAAAAGUCCAAGAAAUGCAUUUUCCGAAACUUCUCCACCGAGUCCACUACCAGAAACAAGCGGUAAUCAUACGGCUCAUCGAUCUGGCGCAUCCGGACCGAGUUUUGCUGGAGUAUUUCCGCAACACGUUCCACCGCCACAGGCAGCUCCGUUGCCAACUCCAACCACUGUGCCGGCACCGAUUCCUUUACCACACCCAGAAAAUCCAGAAAGUCCUUUCUUUCCAGAUUAUAUUGAUGAAAUGAGAAACAAUGAUUCAAAUUAUGAUAGAAAAUAUUAUUGUCGUCGAAUUAUGCGGCAACAAACAGAAUGUCUUAAUACUUCGGUUUUGGACUGCUCAUUGACAUUUAUAGUGGAUCGUUCGGUUUGCAUCACGGGUAUCGAAGUUCCAACACAAGUACAGGGUUCAACUAUUGUUGGAAAUGAUCGCUAUUCAGAAUUACUUUAUGCUCAUCUACUUGAUGCCCAUGGAUCUCGCUUGACAUACACGCAUUGCAAUCAACGUGUUCAGUACAAUUCAAUGCUAGAGAUCUCGUUCGAUCGCCCGGUUUUCAUUCAACGUAACAAGAUGUAUAAAAUCGGAGUUGUCUUUAAUAAGGUCGGCUGGUAUCCAGUGAGCCAAUCUGUCACUAAAGUCAACUGCGACAAUGUUGGAUUCACAUUCUGUGUUGGUUCUCAGUCGGAAUCGGUUCGUGAUAAUUUCAUUAGAACCAUUGUUUUCACUUAUACACGUGAUGGAAUUGUUUGCCCGUGAAUAAUUUGUCUUCGAAGGUACAUGUUUAUUGCUAUUUAACUUAUGGCAGUGCAAUUAUACUUAACGCAGUCAAUAAAUUAAACACAAA